GAGAGCUUUGUUUCUUUUGAAUAUAUGAACUGUUUUUCUUGAAUUUUUAAUUUUGGUGCUCAAUAUUGUUCGCAAUUUGAGUAAUUGUGUGAUUGAUUGGUUGGUUUGGGCAAGGUAUUGGACGUCAAUGGGUCCUCUGACGCUAGCAGUGGAUUCAAAAAGCUGUUCAGGAACUUCAUCAGAUGAAUAUAGCAAGAAAACGCAAUAUGCUCCUAUAGGAACACGGAAGUCUUUUGCAUCAGUCAGCUUGCAUGAAGAUAAGCCAUUUGAUUUCUUACGCACUUUAUUUGAGGGUGUUAUAGCAGGAGGUACAGCUGGUGUUGUUGUUGAAACAGCUCUAUACCCCAUUGAUACUAUAAAGACAAGACUGCAGGCUGCUCGUGGUGGAGGGAAAAUAGUCUUGAAGGGCCUUUAUUCUGGGUUAGCUGGAAAUCUCGCUGGUGUCUUACCGUAAGUACCCUCUGAAUAUGGGGUUAAGUGAUUUAACACCAAUUGGAAUCAUGCAUGUUUAUUGUAAUGGCUCCGUUUGUAUGCCAUGAACAUGGGUAGUGGAGA